AUGACGCCACCAACGCAGGGCGUUUCGCCCAAAGUUCAGCCAAACACGUGUUUGGAACUCGCGCUCGAAGGGGAGCGAUUGUGUAAAAGUGGAGACUUCCCGGCUGGCGUCGCGUUCCUCGAGGCGGCGGUCCAGAUCGGCACCGAUGAUGGCCGCGUGCUGAGUGCCAUAUAUUCUCAGCUGGGCAAUGCUUAUUUCUAUCUCGCGGACUACGAGAAAGCCUUGAGAUUCCACGAGUUGGACUUGAAAAUCGUCAAGGUCCAAGGCGAUAUUUUGGGCGAGGCCAAGGCCAGCGGAAACCUGGGCAACACAUUGAAAAUGCUGGGACGUUUCGAGGAAGCCAUCCAGUUUUGUGAAGCGCAUCUCCUGAUCUCAAAAAGGGAGAACGACAAGAUCGGAGAGGGUCGCGCCUACUACAACCUCGGCAACGUUUACCACUCACAAGGCAAGCAGUUAGCAAAAGAAACGAGGCAAGAGCCAGGGGACUACCCGCUCGAAAUUCGAGUUUGCCUCCACAAGGCGGUCGAAUGCUAUGAGCGGAACCUCGAUCUCAUGCUGAGACUCUCCGAUCGUGUGGCACAAGGUCGCGCCUACGGAAACCUCGGCAACACACAUUAUCUCCUGGGGAACUUCCGCAAAGCGAUCACAUUCCAUGAGCAGAGAUUGAAGUUCGCCACUGAGUUCCGUGACCGCGCUGCAGAACGUCGUGCGUAUUCGAACCUCGGCAAUUGCCACGUGUUCCUCGGAGAGUUCGAUCGAGCGGCCGAGUAUUACAGAAGAACCUUGGAGCUCGCCCAACAAUUGAAUGACCGUGCUGUGGAAGCCCAGGCCUGCUACUCGUUGGGAAACAUAUACACUCUGAUCGGCGACUUGAACACGGCACUCGACUUCCAUAGGAAGCAUUUGGGAAUCGCAAAGGAACUCAAGGAUCGCAUCGGAGAGCGUCAAGCUUACCUAUCACUCUCGAAUUGCCACCAGGGUCUCGGAGAGUUGGAGAAAGCUCUCAGCUUUGCCAAUCAACAUCUGGAGCUCACGAGAGAAACCGGAGACGUUGAUGGGGAAAGUACAGCGAUUCAAGCAGUAGAAGAAAUCUCGGCAAGACUCGGCACGCCUGUGAAACCGCCCCAGAAAUUACGUCGAAGAUCCAUGGAGAACAUGGAUCUCGUGAAGAUGACACCGGAGUCCGCCUCCAGCGAUGAGAAGAAGGAAAACAGAAAGUCUAGUCUCAAGAAGCGCAUCUUCGGCCACAAAGACGAUUUCCGUCUAGAGCCGGGGACGAGUCGGCCCGAAGUCACUCUUGAAGAAAAGGAUAACUUUCUGGAAAUGCUCGGCGAGUUCCAAGCAGACCGGAUGGAAGAUCAACGCUGCAGUAUUGCAAUUUCACAAUCGAGGAAAGAUUCCGUUGGUCCGCGUGCUGGUCCGCCUCCGGCAUCCGCCAAGAGAAGUGCUCUUCGCAACAGAUCGGUUUCGAUGGACACGCAAGGCCUCAACGCGACCGCAAGCCAAGCGUCAACCCGCCCGCGGAACUCUCUGAACGGCGUUUCAGGACCCGCAGAGAUUCGAGAGGACUUACUCGAUCUGAUUGAGGGUAUGCAAAGUCGACGCAUGGACGAACAGAGGACGAGUCUGCCUUCGUUGCCUGGUCUUUCGAAUCCUGGUACAAAUAACAACAACAAUACAAGCACCGCCAACAACAACAAUUCGCAGGUUGCUCCAAACAGAAUGCAGGUAGCUGGCGAAGCUUUUUUCGAGAACCUCGCAAGGUGCCAGAGCACUCGCUUGGAGGGACAGCGACCCCGACUACCAGAACACGCGGAUAAUCUCUCAAUGGGAUCAGUCGACUCAUCUGGACGUUUGGGAGCUGCCGGUGAAUCUAGCGGAGAGGCGAGAAGCGCUCCGACGGUUCCGGACGACGACUUCUUGAAUCUCAUCAUGAGAGUUCAAGGCAAUCGCAUGGAAGAUCAGCGAACGGCUCUGCAGCCGAUACCCAACCGAGAGGAGAAAACUUAUGUCGACUCGGCUGGCAACAGCGUCACUGGUUCCAGCCGCAGGGGCAGUCGAAGGAGUGUCAAGGACGGAGACGACUCGGAGAAAAGUUCCAAGAGCGGAUCGACUCGCAACAAGAUGGGCAUCAAGGGCGGACUCAAGCAAGCGUUCAAAGGUAGAGAGGACAGGAAGCACUCGUCUAAGGAAUGUGACGACGACGAAGACGAUAUCAAUAAUGAAAACAAUGACGACGAUGACGAAGUCGAAGAUGACGAAGAAGAUGCGUCAUCGAGAGAAGCGGGGACUAGAGGUUGA